AUGGCAAGCACAGAUGCCUUGACAAGCAACUCGCUUUUCAAACUUCAGGGUCGAGUAGCCCUCGUCACAGGUGGCGGCUCGGGCAUCGGGCUCAUGGCCGCACAAGCUCUUGCCGCAAACGGCGCCAAGGUCUACAUCACAGGCCGGACAAAGGAGAAGCUCGACACUGCCAAGUCGCAGCAUUUCGGCGAUGACAAUAGCAAUCUUAUCACGAUCCAAGCCGACGUGUCCUCCAAGGAGAGCAUACAAUCCCUCGUUAAAGAGAUAGAGUCGCGUGAGAAAUGCCUGUGCGUCCUUGUCAACAACGCCGGCAUUGCGGCGGACCACCACCAGACGGCCGAGGCCAGGUCGGCGUCGGAACUGCGAGACUCGCUGUUUCAUCAGUCCGACUUUGACAACUGGAUUGGCGUAUACAAAACAAACGUGGCUGCCGUCUACUUCACCACGGCGGCGUUUUUGCCAUUACUGCAGGCGUCCAGCGAGAGACACGCUGGCUGGUCGGGCACCGUCAUUAACAUCACGUCGAUUUCUGGUCUGGUCAAGACGUCGCAGCACCACUUCAGCUACAAUGCGUCCAAGGCAGCAGCGAACCACGUCACUCGCAUGUUGGCCGCAGAGAUUGGGGCUGCAGGGCUGAAGAUCCGCGUCAAUGGCAUCGCGCCGGGCGUCUUCCCCAGCGAAAUGACGGCCGGAGAGAGCGACGAGGCUCAGAAAAGCCAACUGCCGAAAGACAAGUAUCAAGGUAAAAUACCGGCGGCUAGGCCCGGCAAAGACGAGGACAUGGCAUCGACCGUCUUGUUCAUGGCCGCCAACCAGUAUGUCAACGGACACAUUGUUGUGGUUGAUGGCGGGUACACGCUCUCAGCGGGCAUGUAA